AAUACUGUCGGGAAUUAAAAUUGCUGGUGAUAUCACUAGUAUGAUAUCACCAGUGCUAACCAACUUUUUUAAAAAUAAUUUUACUCAGCUAAAACUAUUAGUAUCCAAGGUAACCAAUAUAACAUUUUGCAAGACAUCCUUACGAUUACCGCAAUGACUUCAAUUUAAGGAAAUCGUAAUUUUAAACGAGGCAUCACCACAACGGUAUUAAAUUUGUAGCACUAAUUUGUUAUAAAAAAAAAAUACAAGUAUUUUAAUGUUUCCGUAUAACGCAGACUUUACUAAAAAAAAUCAAAGCUCAUUAACUUUUUAAAAAAUGAGUGUAAAUCAUGAUGAUUGUCCACAGAUUGUGGAAGUAACGAAUGAACACGAAGGUAUCAACAUAAUAUCAUGCGAAGGCUAUCUUUACAUGCAUAUUAAAAGCUUUUGGCGACCGAGUGGAUUUACUGUAAAGCGCAAAUAUUUUACUCUACGAAAAGAAACAUUGUUUAUUACAAAGCAACGAGGUGAUUUAAUUUUUGAGGAUGGCUCCGACAAUCGAAUUGAUAUUCAUUCAGACACAGGAAUAUUUUCAGAAGAAAACCUGAAAGGAAAGUAUCAAUAUGGAAUAAGAAUUACAAAUGGCAAACAAAGUUUUCUUUUAAGCGCGGCAAACGCCGAAUACAGAAACGCUUGGCUGUCUACACUCUUAACGGUUGUAACAAAAAAAUUCGUUCAUCAACUUCGCG